UUGUUGUUGUAUUAAGUUAGGUUUUAUUGAUUCAAUAUCACUCUUCUGAUAGCUUCAUUGGUUAAUAACAUUGUGGUCACCAUGAAAACACAGUGGCUUUACGCGUAAAAACGAUUAAAAUAGACCAUCCUGUAUACUCGAGUGUAGUCUGACUGCGCUAAUUGGUAAAGCUUCUGCGAGCUAAUACGAGAUGAAAAUGGACUUGAAGUUUCACAGAUUGAUAUUGAAACAUUCAUCCAUGCUGAAAGGACAAAAGAGUGACAGCGAUAUAGUAUUCCCAAUGGAAGACAUCAAUUCCUUUAAGAAGAAUAUAGAAAAGCCAAUGAAGACAGCUUUCACGAAACCUUCUGAAGAGGAAGAAACCAAAGAAGAUGACGAGAAACAGUAUUCUAUUCGAUUUUUGAUUCUGGACUAUUUUGAAUACACAUCAGGACAUGGGCCUCCUCGCAUUCUCGCGUCAAAACAGUUGGUCAGGAAAAUCUUUUGGACUUUGUUAUUUCUGGCCGCACUGGGGGUGUCUUCAUGGCAGAUAGCGACACUGUUUGAGACGUACAAAUCCCGACCUUUGAGCACUCACGUUGCCAUACAACACGAAACGAGUCUUGACUUUCCUGCUAUAACUGUUUGCAACUUUAAUGCAGUGAAGCUGAGCGCUAUUGAUUUUUUCCCUGAAGAGUUGAGGGAUGACAUUAAAGCAGAAAUCCCGAAAAACAGUUCAAAAGCCAGUCGCAAAAGAAGAGCAGUGAAUAACCCAUUAGGUGAUCAAGGCUCGUUCAAUUUUGAUCAAUAUGAAGAGGAAGAGGAAGGAAUCGAGGACCCAGAUUCACUGGAUGAAGAUUUUAGAAACAGUGAGGAAAUGAUAAUGAUUAUGGCUGAGGCAGAACCCGAGGAAUUGAUGCCUUAUGGACAUCAGUUUGACGAUUUUGUGCUGUCCUGUACCUACCGAGGCGUCUCAUGUGGGAACUUUUCCAGCGUGUAUUGGACUUCUUUCUGGCAUUAUGCAUACGGAAACUGCUAUGUUUUUAACGGUGGACAGGACAAAAUAGGAAAGAAAGCUCCAGUAUUGAAGUCCAACAAACCUGGACCCUCCCAUGGGUUAAAUCUCGAGUUAAAUAUCGAACAGGAUGAGUAUCUUGGAGCCUUCACAGAAGAGGCCGGAGUCAGAAUAGACAUUUCAAAUCAAGGAGAAAUGGCCUUUCCUCGCGAGAAAGGACUCAGCGCUGCACCAGGAUUUUCUACAUCAAUUGGAAUGCGAAAGAUUGUGCUUAACAGAAAGGAUCCAUUCAACAACAAGAGAUGUUUAAACAGUUCAACUCUGGAUAGCGCUAAUCUUUACAGACAAGCUUUCCAAGUCAAUUAUUCUUCCACGGUAAGCGGCCAUCAUAAGACUGAACUUGGGUCAGUCUGUAAUUUAUUCGUCUAUUUUAUUGUUCCAGUUGAUUGCCUCAGUAGAGUUCAAAGAGAUUUCAAAAAGAAUGCGUUGAACUGCACAGUAUCAUGCCCGCCACCUUGCAGGGAAAGCGUCUUUAAACUAACUUCAUCAUUUGCGGCCUGGCCAUCCACGGGAUAUGAGCCAUUUUACAUUGAGAGGCUGGAAGCGAAGGAUCAAUACCUUGAAUUUGUUGAUAGUAAUAAUUCAAGUUCCAGCAAAAUAAGGUCCAACGUCCUAAAGUUGAACAUAUUUUUCGAAGAACUUAAUUUUGAAUCCAUUACCGAGGAGAGAUCUUAUGAGCUAGCGAACUUCGUCUCUGAUCUGGGCGGAUCCCUUGGUCUCUGGAUAGGAAUGUCUGUGCUAUCGUUUGCAGAAGUUUUCGAAUUGCUGUUGCUAAUAGGCUACGCCCUUCUUAGAAAGUUGCGGACAAGACUGAGCGGUAGAAUAAGAUCAUCUUCAAUCCCUGGAAGAGGAACCUGACUUGUUGGUAAUGAGAAGAAUGCUUUCGACGCACAAACCAGCAGUUACAUAUCACGUGGUUUCGUACUCUGUACAGUUCAUUCAAAAUUGUGAGAAAAAGACUUAAAACUAUUUAAAAGAAAAACAUUGAUUUUGCGUACAGCCAAGAGCACCGAAUGAUAUUUUCUAGUUCGUUAUUCGCUUAUUCUCACAUUCUCACAUGUGACAGUGUUCAAGUCUCUAAGUUUAGGCAAACGUUUCAUUUGGUCGUGCUUAUUGUAUACGCAUGCGCAGCAGGCACAUUUUAAGCUCUGUCUUCAUUCUCGACCCCAGACCCUUCGCUUUCUCGCCGUCCGUCAUGCGCAAAAGAGUUCUGGAGUCGUGAAUGGCCCUAUCUUGUAUAUUGCAAAUGGAGUGCAUCACAGACAACUAAAACAUUUAGGCGUAUAGCAGCAAAACGGCACAAGUAACAUGAAACACCAGUCUCCAUACAGUACUAUCAUGAAGUAUAGCUAUAAAUUCAAAUAACGUCUCUUUUUUUAGUACUGUACACCGAACUAAGCUCCACAAUCACGUCGCAAAAGUAGCAACUUUAUUUAAAGAGGGGUCACACGGUGGACGCUGAUAAACCAGUGGCUCUCUAACCUAAAAAUUAAAAGAUAUAUGAUAUUAAAAAAGGUGGGAUUAAAAAAUACGUAUACUCCAGAAAUAUGGGUUAAUAUGUAAAAAAAAAAGGAGGGAACUUGCAUGUUUUAGCUUCCCUGUUUUCUCGACGUUAUAACAGUUAAAAUGAUGUAUAUGUCGUUUACUACACACAAACAUCCAUGACACGAGUAAAUAUCGAAGGAUAAGACAAAAUUUUCAUGCUUUUUUUUUGUAAAUUCAAGAGAAAAUGAGCAUGGGCUCUUGGUAAAAUUAAAGAAAUAUAUCACGAAUAAAUAUCAUGCCAUUGUCAUAGGCGCGCCGUCAUUUGCUUUGAA